AACAAAAUGACUGACACAGGUUUUGAAUGUUGUCUUUGUAUGAAAUUAGCUAUUAAAGCCUAAAUAUGCGAAAAAUGUGGUUCUAUGUACUGCAAGAUGUGUCUCAAAGAAAUAUUUGGUAAAAAUUAUGAAUGUGUUUAAUGCCAAUCCUAAUCAUUCAGAUCUAUUAAAAAAUCAGCAUUGUAAGAGGUUUAUGAUGAAAUACUUAGUAAAUCUCAAAUAGUAAAAAAUUAAAAAAUUGAAAAGCCUCCUCCUCCUAAACUUUCUGUCGUAGAAUAAAGAACAUAAUAAAUCUAUUUAAGAGAAAUGUGUGUAAAUUAUGAGAUUUGCAAGCAAAAUGUUAAUUAAUAAUACAAAAAUGAAUAAGUAUGUAGUUAAGAGUGUUUAUUUUUCUCUAAACUAUUUCCUUUAGUCGAAUAAUAAGAUUUUACAAAAAUUAGAUAAGAAAUUAUUUCAAUAGAAUAAUUUAUUAAAAAUAAAUAGCCAACUUAAUUAUUUUAAUAGAUUGUCAUACCAACAUAACAAAAUUAAAUUGGUUGCACAAACUUUGUUUUUGAUAAAUGUGGAGAAGGUAUUGUAAUUAAAUAUUAAUCUGUUACAUUAUAAGAGGAAGAAUACACAUUUAAAACUGUUACUUGUUCUAAAGGUUUUUAAAAUGGAAUUCAUUUUUGGAAAAUUAAUCCUAUGUUUAUGACAAAAAAUGAAUUGAAAAUUGGAGUUUCAACUUCUGAUAGAUAUGCUCUUAAUACUGCUUUUUCUGAUUACAAUUUUGGCUAUGCUUACUAUACAGUAGGUUAAUUUAAAAAUGGAAGCAAUUCUAAUGUAUAAUAAAAAAAUAAAUAUAGGGAUUUGAAUAUGGUGUUAAAUUUAAAAACAUGGGUGAAGUAGGAGUAUUGCUUGAUAUGAAUAGAGGAGUAUUAGCAUUUUCAUACGAUGAUAAUUUUUUAGGAAAAGCCAUUUGUACAGAUCAACUUAAAAAAGGACCUAUUUAUCCUUGUGUUGCUUUACUUCAUUAAGCAGGGUUUGAAUUUAAAUGUGGUUUACCUAUCCCUUAAAAUUUACUUGAAUUAUUUUUAAAAUGA